AUGGCUUCAUCCGAUGAUGCAGAAGGGUCUCUGACUCCUGUGGAUUUCAUCCAGCUGCAGCACUACAUGGAAUACAGCACUUUGAGGGUGAGAGAUGUGAUUAAGGAGUUUCACGCCGGGGGUCGGCUGGCCCAGCACAGCUUCGGAGAGUGUGUCGACUCUGUGGGGUUUUGUCUAUUUCUCAAGACCUACCUAGAAGUGGAUAACUUUCCUGCAGAUUUUUGCCAACGGCUUUUUCACUAUUUCCAACACGCAGAGCAGGAUGGCUCCACAAAAAGCUCUCUUCCCAAAGGAGGCGGGGUCUUUCUUCGUGAUGUGUCUUGUUACUUCUCGGUGCUGGAGGACGGACAGCCACGGGAGAAGCUUGAAUUUACUUUCAAACUUUACGACAAAGAUUGUAACGGACUCCUGGACAGCUCUGAAGUGGAUCGUAUAAUCACUCAGAUGAUGCGAGCUGCUGAUUACCUGGGCUGGGAUGUGACUGAACUCAGACCUGUGCUCAAGGACAUGAUGACAGCGAUCGAUGUGGAUGACAGCGGCACUGUCACGCUGGAGGAGUGGGUGAAGGGAGGCAUGACUAAUGUGCCUUUACUUGUUCUGCUCGGACUGAAGAUGACAGAGAGGGACGGGCAGCAUAUUUGGAGGAUGAAGCAUUUCAACAAGCCAACCUACUGUAGUGUGUGUCAGAGCAUGCUGCUCGGACUCGGGAAGCAGGGACUCUGCUGCACCUGUUGCAAGUACACCGUCCACAGUCAGUGUGCCAACAAGAAUCCUGAACCCUGCACUCGUACCUUUGUCAAAUCUAAAAAAGAGAUUGGUAUAGCGGCUCAUGACUGGGUCAGAGCUGACUGCAACUCCACAAAGUGUCAGGUCUGCCAUAAGAAGAUCAAAACUUUAGCAGGGAGGCGUUGCGUGUGGUGCCAGGAAAUGCGUCACGAUGAGUGUGUUUUCACUGGAAUAUCAACCUGUGAUUGUGGGCCAUUCAAAGAUCAUAUACUCCCUCCAUGGGCCAUUUACACUGUCUCAAAGGAGGAGGACACCAGCCUGCUGAAUGUCACCCCUGAUGGCCACAUCCUGCAGAUUGUACCAAUUCCAGACACCCACCCUCUGCUGGUGUUUGUAAAUCCUAAAAGUGGAGGAAAGCAGGGUGAAAGAGUGCUCCGGAAAUUUCAAUACCUGCUAAAUCCACGUCAAGUGUACAACCUGUCUAAUGGAGGCCCUGCCCCGGGACUACAUUUCUUCCAUAAUCUGCGUGAGUACAGGAUCUUGGUGUGUGGAGGAGACGGCACGGUCGGGUGGCUCCUGGAUGCUAUAGACAAAGCGGACCUCCAGGUGCAUCCUCCAGUGGCUGUCCUACCUCUGGGCACAGGGAACGACUUGGCCCGCUGUCUGCGCUGGGGAGGAGGAUAUGAGGGGUCUGAUUUGAAAGACAUCCUGAAGGAGAUCGACAACAGUGAGGUGGUUCCCAUGGACCGCUGGAGCAUCCAGGUGAUACCAGUUGAUCCUCAAGCAGUAGGAGACCCCGUGCCCUACGAGAUCAUCAACAACUACUUCUCCAUUGGAGUGGAUGCUUCUAUUGCUCAUCGUUUCCACUCCAUGAGAGAGAAACACCCAGAGAGGUUCAACAGCAGAAUGAAGAACAAACUUUGGUACUUUGAAUUUGCGACUACUGAGACCAUCUCUGCCUCUUGCAAGAAGCUCAAGGAGUGUCUCACUAUUGAGUGCUGUGGCAGAAACGUGGACUUGAGCAGUGUGUCUUUGGAGGGCAUUGCUGUCCUCAAUAUACCGAGCAUGCAUGGAGGCUCCAACCUCUGGGGUGAAUCCAAGAAGCCUGAUAGCGUGGCAGAGGCGGACUGUGAGGUCAUCACUGACCGUGAACUCCUGAAAACGAUCUCACAAAGUAUGAGCGAUAAGCGUCUGGAGGUGGUGGGGCUGGAAGGAGCCAUGGAGAUGGGACAGAUCUACACUGGACUGAAGAGCGCUGGGCUCAGACUGGCACAGACCUCUAAAAUUACCAUCAGGACAUUCAAACCCUUGCCCAUGCAAGUUGAUGGCGAGCCAUGGAUGCAACCUCCUUGUACUAUCCACAUAACUCACAAGAACCAAGCUAACAUGCUAAUGGCUGCACCAACAAAACCGUCCGGCUUCUUUCACCUCAAGUAG